AUGGCGGUACCCGUUGCAAUCAUAACGGGUGGAACGAAAGGCAUUGGGCAUCAGCUGGUCAGCACGGUGCUCCGCAACGGGCUCUCGUGCAUUUUCAUUGGCUCUAAUCCCGAUUCUGUCAGAAAUUCCCUAGAUUCACUGAUCGCAGCCAAUAUCAAGCCCAAGAUAAACAACAGCCCCCAAUUUGUACGCGGGGUAAGCAUAGACUUUAAUACAUGGCCUCAAUGGACUAUUCUAGCUGAGCAUCCAAGCUGGGAGGCUACUCUGGGUAAUACAUCAGUACAUGAGAGAUUAAGUCCUUUAUUCGAUGUUAGCCCUGUAGUGAGUACGCAACAGACAUAUUACUACGAUCUUUUGGUCAAUUGUGCUGGUAUAACCCAGAACUCGCUUGGAUGGGCGACCCCUGCCUCAGAGGUUGCUCGUUUGCUCAACAUUAACCUGGCUUCCCUAAUUUCGAUGAAUCAGCUCUCUCUGCGUCCAAUGAUACGAGCUCGCCGUCGCUUUGCGCCUGCCGCUACGCCAACGAUUAUAAACGUCUCUUCCCAGCUAGGCUGGCACAACGCUCCGAACGUACCAGGUACUGCAGUUUAUGCAGCUACAAAGAGCGCAGUUCUGCAGUAUACAAACGCGUUGCAACAUGAACUUGCCAGUUCCGGUGUAACAAUCAAGUCAAUUGCCCCAGGACUAGUGCAAAACACAAAUAUGACUAGCAAGAUCUCUUCGCAGGCCGUUCAAUAUCUCAAAGAGUCCCUUGAGAGCCCACCAACGACGCCAGAGGCUCUAGCUUCUGCCAUCUGGCGUCUUUAUUGCCCGAGCACCUCCACGUGA